AUGGCUUUGUCCCAAGUUUUGUAUGUUGACAAGAUACUUGUCAAAUUUGCUAUGCAAGAUUCUGCCAUCAGGAAUCGAAUCCAACUGUCUAAGAUUCAGUUCCCUAAGAGUCCUAAAGGGAUUGAGUACAUGAAUAGGACACCUUCUACAUUGGCAGUAGGUAGUCUCAUGUAUGAUAUGCUAUGCAAUAGACCCGACAUUUGUCAUUUUGUUGGUGUGGGGAGUCAAAAUCUAUUUAACCUUAGGAUUAAAACAUUGAAUGCCGCCAAUUCUAUUAUCCAAUUGAAAAUUCCAAUUCCGGCAGUCGAUUUGUCCUUAAUUUCCUCACAGCUUGGUUUCAGUUCCUUAUGUAUAUUUAUUUCCACCUUGCAGCCGCCUUUUGUAGUCUCAAUUAAUUCUCAGCUGCUGCCUUUUGUUUGUAUAUGUAUGCUUCAAUUCCUUCCCAGCAGCUGGCCGAUUUGUGGGAAUUAUGUACGUAUAUAA